AUGCUCGAUGGCGGCGCGGUCUGCGAUGCUCGAGCUCGAGCGUCGACCGAGAAGAACAGCACAAAUUUCCUUCUGACUAUUACCCUUUACACAUUGCUUCCUUGGAGAUUUCUCUACGAUCAGGGCGUCUCUCGUGGCGUCGUGGUUACCCAGGACUUUCUCCAGAUGCACAACCUAGCCGGUCCAUCGAAGACAUCGCUUUUGGGAACCGUAACUACAAUUGACGAUCUUGGCUGGGUGUUUGGCGCCGUCGUCGCCGUCUGGCUUGGAGAAAGGUUGGGUCGAGGUAGGCCAGUUUCGGUUGGGACAUCUAUCAUGAGCGUUGGAGCCAUUCUGCAGAUUUGCAUUUAUUGCACGGCUUAG